UUUCACUCUUUUUAUUUUUCUUCUAUUUUCACUUCAUAUUCCUCUCGAUUUUCUUCUCAAAGACGUUUCGUCUUGAUUCUUCUUCUAGGGUUUCGAUUUUCCACUAGAAAAUCCGGCAGAUAGUUAUAAUUUUAACCGGAAGGUAUCUUGUUUUGGGUAUCCAUCAGUUGUUGAUCGUCUUCUCUUGACUGAUGGCGGAGCCGAUGAUAGUCGACGUUGUGGAUGUGGCAAGUUCGAAGGGUCUAGAUCCUCAAAAUGACGUCACCGCCAAGAAGACAUUGAAGAGAAAGAGGGCAUCUUCUUCCUUAUGGGAGAGUCCUGAAGAGAAAGAAGCUAAAAUCAAGGCGUUGCGCGAAGAAACGGAGGGUUUGUUCAGGUAUUAUAGGGAGGUGAUGGAGAGCAGAGUGGUUGAAAAUGUGGAAAGUGUUAUGCAUGGCGUCUCGAUGAAUUCAACGAUUGCUUGCUUAAUGGAGGAGAGCAGUCUUCCGCUCUCGAAGUUAGUGGAUGAGAUUUUUGCGAAAAUCAAUGCCCUGCCCGAUGGAGUCAAAAGCAAUGUGGAGAGUAUUAGUAAAGCCGGUGUCAAGAGCGCUGUGAUCUUGGUUGGGCAAAGAUUGUUCUACGGAAUACCUAGCGCUGACGCCGAUGUCUUGGAGGAUGAGUCAGAAACCGCCCUCUGGUGCUGGGAGACAAGGGAUGUUAAAUUGUUGCCAAAGUCUGUGCGUCCUACUCUGAGAAUCCGGCGAACUUGUCGGAAAAAGAUACAUGAGAGGAUUUCUGCGGUAUCAGCAAUGUUAGCUGCUCUAGAUAAACCAGAAAGUCAUGGAAAUUGCAGCAAAGAGCUGAUGAAAGCUUCAGAAAAGCUUUGUAAAGUCUUAACUGAAGCAGAUAUACGUUUAUUAGUAGACAACAUUGAACAAAAAAGCGGUGCUGAAAUGGCUGAGAAGGAGACAAAGAGCGAGAAGUUUUUGAUCAAGCAGUUGGAGAGGAGCAAAAGAGAAGCUGAAAAAGAGAAAAAAAGAGUAGACAAGGAACUUCAAAAGGAAAAGUUACAGAGUGAGAAAGAGCUGAAGCGCUUGCAACAUGAAGCAGAAAAAGAGGAAAAGCGCCGUGAAAGAGAAGAAUCUGAACUAAGAAAACAGUUAAAAAAGCAACAAGAGGAAGCUGAGAAAGAUCAGCGACGCAAGGAGAAAGAAGAAUCUGAGUUGAAAAAACAACUUGCUUUACAAAAACAAGCUUCACUCAUGGAGCGCUUUCUUAAAAAGAAUAAGAGUAGCUCACCUUCUCAGAGUGAUCUUUCUUUGAACAGUACGAUGCCAGAUUUAUCCUCUGACAAGGGGGACAAGAUGCUUGAAUCUGUUACUACAUCAAUGGACUCUAUCCUUUCACACAAUGAUGGAAUAAAUGCUGAAGAUCUAUGGAGAUCACAUUUGAAUUCUUGGCAUGGCUUGGGUCACCUGAUUCGUUCAAAUGGAAAGGUACAUUGGGGCAUUCGUCGUGGGCCUAGAACUAAAGUUGUUAAAGAGCUCAAGCUAACUACAAACAAAGGACUCACUAAUGAUGAUGAGUUAAGUGUAGUGAAGCUUGUUGAUAGAUGGGUUGACUCUAAUACUGAUAGCACAUCCUGCCAUGUGAAUCCAAAAAGUUCGCAGUCUGGCCAGAAGAAAUUACCAAAGAUAAAACUGUUGCAGUUUGAUAAGAGUCAUAGGCCUGCAUUUUAUGGUGUUUGGCCAAAGAAAAGUGAAGUAAUUAGACCAUGUUGCCCUUUCAAGAAGGAUCCGGAGUUGGAUUAUGAGAUAGACAGUGAUGAGGAGUGGGAAGAGGAGGAACCCGGUGAAAGCCUAUCAGAUUGUGAUAAAGAUGAAGUUGAAAGUUUAGAUGAAGAAUGUGCUAGAGGUGAUGAUGAAGAAAGUGAAGAUGGUUUUUUUGUCCCAGAUGGAUAUCUGUCCGAGGAUGAGGGGGUUCAAGUUGACAAAACUGGAUCUGAUGUGGCGGAGACAAAAGUUUCACCAAGCUCGAAGCAGGAAGCUCAGACUGAAGAGUUCAGUGUACUUCGACAGCAGAAGUAUCUCAACAAUUUAACUGAGCAUGCACUUAGAAAAAAUCAGCCCUUGGUUAUAUUGAAUUUUAUGCAUGAAAAAGCUUCAAUAUUGUUGGAUGAAGAUGUCAGUGGUAAUGAUAAAGUUGAGCAACUAUGCAUGCAUGCUUUGAGGAUGUGUUCCUUCCCUGGUCAGCCAUCGAUAGAGAUAUCAUGUUAUCAUAUGGAUGAAGAGGUUCAGGAAGCUGGCCCCUCAAACAGCAAGAUGGUUGCUCCCUCACAAGUUGCAACAACAGUUGCUCUGCAGGAUUCAGAUUUACCUCAAGUUGUAUCUGUUAUCCGGUCAUGCUCGCAUGGCAUAAACAAAGUUGUUGAGUCAUUGCAAAGUAAGUUUCCCCACAUUGCAAAGUCCCAACUACGGAGCAAAGUGCGGGAGAUAUCAGAUUUCUCUGAUAACAGAUGGCAGGUUAAAAAGGAUAUUCUUGUGAAACUCGGGUUAUCAGUGACCCCAGAAAAGGUUAGUAGUGGGAGGACAAAGAGUAUUGCCGCAUUUUUUUCAAAACGGUGCCUGCCACCUUCGACCAAUCCCAAUGAAACUUCCCCACAACCCUGCCAGAAAACCAAUUCUGCUGGACUGCUCCAGGAAAGCGAGAACAAAAUCGAAUGAGCUGCCACUUUUUUUUUUUUUUUUUUUUUUUAUGCUUAUGGACUUCCAAGG